AAAAAAUUUUUUAAACAAAACAACUAAUCCCGGAUAAUCCUGUUAACGGACUCAGCGUGGCACUUCGUUUACGGUUUUUCCAAUUAACCGGCCGCCAGCCGCAAACUACAACAAAAUCCCGACUAGCUACAAGGCAAGAGGUGGAUUUUGUUCGCUAUCAUUAAGGUAGACUUUUAAAACGCCAAAGACAACUUCCACCGGUUGUUGUGAGAAGAUCUCGUCACAAGUUGAAGGUAAAGCAUGUUUGAUGCUGUGCUUAUUUGUAUAAACCUCAUCCUGAUCGAAUUCCAAGAACUUUCUAUAUGAUAACUCCCAGUCAGUCAAAUACUUUUAAAAUUUAAUUAACCCGGGUUACAUUUUUACCAUAUGAGUGAAAGAUGCCUCAUCAAAUCUUGCGACAAAAAUUUCCCGGGAUUGGACAAACAUAAGGCUACUAGGCAUUAAGAAGCUGUUUAUAUUGCGAGUCAAACUGCAAUACGACUUCUCCAUAUUUUUCCAGAUGUGUAUGUAGCAGGCGGUUAUAACUUGGGCCUAGUGGUGUUUGAGGGUUUACCCGCGGUCGCAAAAAGCUACACCGUGAUAAAACAUUGUUUCUUGGCCUAGGACAGCAUACCACACUUGAUAAUUGAAUUAAAAAUAAUAUUUUUUAAAUUAAGACUUUGAAUUUUAAUAAUUUUUUCUCAAUUGACCCGUAUUUAGUUCACAACGAAAAGCAUAUUUACAAAUCAUGAAUUUUAAGGCAAGCUGUACAUACUGGGGGCACAUAAACAGAACAGAACGUUUUACGCCCGAGAUUUCACAUUUCGUUACCCAAUCACGCGUGCACGUGCCAAAGAAAAAUUUAUUUUUAAAAAUACUGUUCCUUGUCUUCAGAUGAUAAGUAGAAACCUAACAAAGAACUGGUGUUAUUAAAUAGUAAUACAGAGCUGGAUGAAGUGGAUUAGAGUCAGCCAGACGACAUGGUCUGGUAGCUGACUAGUAAGCUUUUAUCAUGGAAAUAUUGGUUCACAAUAUAAACACAAUUUUAAGAACUUUCCUUGGGGCUCGUUUUAAACAUGAAAUGUCGAAAUGGCACUACGGUUAGCCUAAAUAGCGCUCAGGUUAGCCUUAAUAUCACUGAUUCAACAGUGGUUGGCUCUCAAUAAUUAUAAGGGUUAACUCUUACAGACACCCUUAUAUCACACCGACUCUUACCCAUGGUGCCAUUUCGUCAGGUGUUUAAUGUAUCUGUCGGAAUUCUCUCCACUCCUCUUGCCCCAACCACCCCUCUUCCCUAGAGGUAGCAGUCUCGUCUGCUUUAAAAUUGUUUACUUUAGCCUUCCACUCGACAACGUUGUCUCAAAUAUGAUGAAAAUAUGCAUAUGAACGUGACAAGGAAACAUUCGCAUGCAGCACGUACCAGCCUAGACCCAGUCCCUCCUACUGAGAGCUAUUUAUUCAUGUUGACACAUACACAAGUUGACCACAGGUACAACAUCCAGCAGCGUUUCUCAGACUUUCGAGUGGAACAUGGCCAUUUCCACAGCCUUUGCUAAUUAGCAGCGAUCGACCAUGUUGAAAUCGAGCUAGACGUGAACGACCUCAUUUCCCUCACAGAUGACGGAAGAUUCAGACCUUUAAAUUUGGCAAGAGGAUGGAUUGAGAUUCAUUAUCUGUUGAAAUAAGUGGCUGAGAUAUAUAGGGAAAACAAGUUUGGAUUGAUUUGGAACAACACAACACAUCAGUUCGCCAGAUAAAGAAACCGAUACAAUGCAGGAAGAUAUUCCUUCUCCUCCAGCAAGUCCUCCAUUCUGUAAAGAGCAUCCAACAGAGGUCACUAAAUUCUUGUGUCAAACUUGUGGAGACAUAGUAUGUAGAAACUGUGUUGUGCGAGAACAUCACAGGAAUCACAAGUACCUCUCCAUUCAAAAGGCCAGUGAUAAGGAACGGCAAGCUAUCCAAGAAAGCCUUGACAGCACAAAGCAAAAACUAACUGGUCUUCAUGGCUCGAUUUUUUGGGUGGGAGAAAUGAAGAAGCAAGUGGAGAUGCGGGCUUCCGAAGCAGAGAGAGAAAUCAAUUAUCUAAUUGAUCAAAACAUAGCAACACUGGAGCGUAAACGUGCCCAACUGAAAAGAGAUGUUGCAGAGUUGCGUGACAAGAAAGUUCAGCAGCUUCAAACUCAGAUGGAAACCUUAACCCUUGCUCAUGAGGAAAUUAGGAGAGGUGUAGAAUACACUGAACAUGCUCUGGGUCAAAUAUCAGAUGUGGAAUUGAUUACUAUGAAAAGUCAGCUUUCUUGUCUGCCUGAUUUUAACGAAGUUGCUUUACAGUGGAAACCGUGCCGCACCAACAACUUUGGCAUAGAAGUUGACAAAUCCUUAGCCGUUGAUGCUAUUGUUGACAAGAUGGCACGUGUCAAUGAUGAAGACCAUCAAGGGGGUGAUCAGUAUGUCCUCAGCAUGCUUGGAGGAAAGAAUGGAGAGAUGUUCACUUCUAGAUGCCAACAGAGGUCCUACUUUGUUGUCAUGGCAAUGGAUGACCUGGCAAGGGCAACCAAAGUCGGGGUAAAUCUAGUGAAAGUACAGAUCAAGCCCCCUGGUGAUAAUGAGCUUCAGAAUGUCAUCAUGGGGAGUAAAACAGAUAACCACACUUUCUCCUAUUGUCCCAGUGUCAUGGGCACCCACACCAUACAGGUCUCAGUGGCAGGACAUUGCAUUACAGGGGAGCCAGUACCCUGGAAGGUGGAACCUUCAGUCUAUAUUCUCAACCCUCAAUGUGCUGUUCUUCCACCAGAGGUUGACCACCAAGACAAGGAGUCACUCACAGGAUGUUGGUUCAGUCAUGGCCGGCAUUCUUGGCAAGUUCGAAUUCUAGCACCUGACAAGUUAAGACGAUCUGCUGACCCAAAGCUCUUUGAGGUGGGUGUCACCAAUGGUCAUUGCACUUGGCGCUGGAGUGACUGCAAUAAGUACUAUCCAAAUUCGUCUGCCAUUGUAAGCACUAUCAGCAGCUGGCAGUGUGGGGACUUAUUGUUGUUUUACCUCAAUUUGGAUUUGAAACAACUUGUGAUCUACAACCAGCGUUCGCAUGAGAUAGAUACCUGGGAUGGAAUUACAGUUCCUAUUCGUCCAUACAUUAAUCCACAGUCAACUAAAAUCUUUGGAUUAAACUAAACAUUCUUUUGAGGAUUGUUAUUCAAACUGGUCGGCACCGUAGAAGCAUAAUCACAAAUGUGAAGGAUGUCACACCAACCUGACUGGUAUAAAAUAAGAAGACCUGAACUGUAGCCCAAUUACAAUCCAGAACAGCAUUUCUUGAAUCAAAGUAGAGGAGUGAAGUAUGAUAUGAUUGUGCUAAAAAUGAUCAUAUUCAGGCUGUAAAUCCCCGCCUCCCUAUCACCACCAACCAGCAGCUAAGAUAUUGUUAAGGAAACUGGAAGGAGUUCCUCGUAUGAGUCACAAAGAAAAGGCUUUGAUCCCUGUAAGAUAACUCCUGUCUUGAAUUCAAAAGCCAAGUAUUCUAAAAGCAAGGCAUUAACUACUAUUUAAAUUUAAGCAAAUAUGCAUAUUUAGGUAAGGAAAGAAGGAGUUCCUCAGUCACAAAGAAAAGACUUUAAUCCUAGUAAGACAACUCAUGUCUUGAAGUCAAUCGCCGAAUAUUUUUGAAACAUUAGGCAUUAACUAAUAUUAUUUAAAUUUAAGCAAAUAUGCAUUAGGUAAGGAAACUGCUUUUAAAAAUUAUGUCACACUGUGACAGUUAAAUAUAUGCUGUCUAUAUGCCACAA